GCUGACAGAGCCCGGCGAGCGCUGGCAGUUCCGUGGUGGGGAUGGUGAGGAGCGCCGGCUUCGUGAGCAGCGCUGGCCACUGCGGACUUCCGAGGCACUCCGGGCCGUGAAAACCUCUGCGCCGCGGCCAACCUCAGGCCUCCGAGGCCGGCCGCAGUUCUCCAAGCUGGGCUGGAAGGAGUGUCUAGCGCGGUAGCGCCGGUUUUUCUAAUCCCGAGAGACAGCCCGGGGAUCCCGAGUUUCCCCGGCGACCCCUAGUCCCGGCCUCCUGUGCGCGCCGGACUCAGACCCCCUCGAGUGUCCCGGGCGCGGACGAGCCGCGGCCGGGUCCUGGCGUACACCAUGAUCGUAGCGGACUCCGAGUGCCAUGCCGAGAUCAAGGGCUACCUGCCGUUCACCAGGGGCGGUGUGGCCGGCCCCGAGACCCGAGAGGAGCAUCGGGAGGGCCAGGCUCGGCGAGGCCCUCGAGGGCCCAGCGCCUUCAUCCCAGUGGAGGAGAUCCUUCGGGAAGGAGCUGAGGGCCUGGAACAGCACCUGGGGCUUGAGGCCCUGAUGUCCUCAGGGCGGGUGGACAACCUGGCGGUGGUGAUGGGUCUACACCCCGACUACCUUAGCAGCUUCUGGCGCCUGCACUACCUGCUGCUGCAUACGGAUGGGCCCCUGGCCAGCUCCUGGCGCCACUACAUUGCCAUCAUGGCUGCUGCCCGACACCAGUGUUCUUACCUGGUGGGUUCCCACAUGACUGAGUUCCUGCAGACUGGCGGUGACCCCGAGUGGCUGCUGGGCCUCCACCGGGCCCCUGAAAAGCUCCGCAAGCUCAGCGAGAUCAACAAAUUACUGGCCCAUCGGCCAUGGCUUAUCACCAAGGAGCAUAUCCAGGCCUUGCUGAAGACUGGCGAGCACAGCUGGUCCCUGGCCGAACUCAUCCAAGCGCUGGUCCUGCUUACCCACUGCCACUCUCUGGCCUCCUUUGUGUUUGGCUGUGGAAUACUUCCUGAGGGAGAUGCAGAGGGCAGCCCUGCCUCACAGGCACCUUCACCUCCCAGUGAGCAAGGCAGCCCCCCAAGUGGUGACCCAUUGAACAACUCAGGGGGCUUUGAAGCCGCCCGCGAUGUGGAAGCUCUGAUGGAACGCAUGAAAGAGCUUCAGGAGAGCCUGCUGCGGGAUGAGGGGGCUUCCCAGGAGGAGAUGGAGAACCGUUUUGAGCUGGAGAAGUCAGAAAGCCUGCUGGUGACCCCCUCGGCUGAUAUCCUGGAGCCCUCUCCACACCCAGACAUCCUAUGUUUUGUGGAGGACCCAACGUUUGGAUAUGAAGACUUCACUCGUCGAGGGACUCAGGCCCCCCCAACCUUCAGAGCCCAGGAUUAUACCUGGGAAGACCAUGGCUACUCGCUGAUCCAGCGGCUCUACCCUGAGGGAGGGCAGCUGCUGGAUGAGAAGUUCCAGGUAGCCUACAGCCUCACCUAUAACACCAUCGCCAUGCAUAGUGGUGUGGAUACCUCCAUGCUCCGCAGGGCCAUCUGGAACUACAUCCACUGUGUCUUUGGCAUCAGAUAUGAUGACUACGAUUAUGGGGAGGUAAACCAGCUCCUGGAACGGAACCUCAAGAUCUAUAUCAAGACUGUGGCCUGCUACCCUGAGAAGACAACCCGCAGAAUGUAUAAGCUCUUUUGGAGGCACUUCCGCCACUCAGAGAAGGUUCACGUGAACUUGCUGCUCCUCGAAGCCCGCAUGCAAGCGGCUCUGCUCUACGCCCUCCGGGCCAUCACCCGCUACAUGACCUGACUACCCGGCACACAGGACCAACACCCGGAGCAGCUGAUCCUGGGCAAGGACGUCUGUCUGGAGACAGAUCCAGGACCCUUUCUGUCUCAUGUCUGUCCACCAAAUGCUGGGGAUGGUCAUGCGUGUGGUCAUGCGUAGCCCUCAAGGCAAGCCACACCUUCCUUUUCCUCAUUGGACUGAACAUGAUCAUCGCACUGACUUUGGGCUCUCAGCUCUGUCCCUGGAGCUGGAAGAAGAUUAGGACAGGCCAAGGGCCCCAUCCCUUUUUCUUUCCCUGCUCCUAAAAGCAGAUGAAGGCUACAGAGCUAAGGUCAGGCUUAUGUGCCAGCAGGCCGGGCCCCAGGCACCACAAGUGCUGCUUUCCUAGACUGGGAAGCCCCCGGCUGCCCUUUGGGAGAGGAGCAAGGACCUCCAGGGACCAGCACUCCAGGAAGCUUGCCUUCCCUCAUUCUCCAGCUUCAUCACCCCCCACUGCCCCCCACCCAUCAAUGUGAAAGUUGGACUCACAGCUGGUCUGUGUGCCCAGGUCCCCCGAAGCCUGUUCUGUUGGGCAGCCUGUUCUUUGGUUACCUGCCUAUGGGUCCAGUCCUUUUGUCUCCCUUGUACCCUUCUCUCCCAUGCCUGGUGGUGUGGGGCCUGGGAGAGGGGCCAAACAUAUCCAAAGAACACACUGUCUCUGGAGAGUUGGAGCCCAUGGUGGUCUCUCUGCUGUCUGAAGAGUAAGGAGAGUGAACUCUGUAUUUGAGUCUUGAGGGUGAUGCUGGUCUCUUGAGGCCCUCCAUGAAGCCAGAGUCAAUCUGUCCCUCUAGAUUGUAUUGCUACACAGAGGCUGGCAUCCCAUCCUCAUCCCUUGGGGUCUACCAGGAGGGCUUGCCAAAGAAAAAUGAGCCUUUCUUAGGUGACACCAGGGCCCACCCAGUAAGAUGCAUAUACCAAGGUUCUCUUUCCCUUGGCCACAUGGCUCCACUCCUUAGAGCUCACAUUGGAGACUGAGGACUGGCUUACAUUUCUCUUCAAGGUUUGACGAUUUCCUCUGGGCUCUCUGGCCAAACCAUCAACAGCAGGCUGGUUUUCUCCCAAGACCUUGAAGGCCCCCCCCCCUGGAGACCCUUAUUCUACAGUCAGCCUUUCCUGGCUGCCUUCCAAGGGACACCAUCCCCGUCCCCAUGUCCCAUCUGUCCCCUCUCCUGGAUUUAAAUGGAUUACUUGGCAGAAGCAGCCACCACUGACAAGCACUUUGCAUAGCAAACUGUGAAUUCUGAUGCUCCUUCCCCUUCCACCAGCAGCAUUGGGUGCCCCCUCUCAGACCAGUCCAGAUGCCUGAGAAAACCAGGGACACCCAGCUGCCAACUCAUCUCCAUUGGGCCAGGCAGAACAGGAGCCUGGCCAGUGUGCCACAUUUCAUGCCCGUGCAGGCACGGGAAGCAACUGGUACCCCCUCCAGGCUUGAAAGCUCUCCCUGCAGUGAAGGUGGGCAAGAGAGGAGGGGGCCCCAGCAUGGGGGGAAGUUCUAGAGGGGACAUGACAAUGCCAACAGUGUCCCCUGGGUGGGCGGGAAAAGGCAUCCAGUGUUAAAGUGCAGAAACCUUGGACCUUGUGAGCGGUAAUAGAAAUAAAAGUUUGCUGAGGUUUGUUUUGUA